AGCUUGUUUUGCGCUCCCUGCGAGAGAGGAGAUGGACGGCAGACGGCCCUCUGUUCGCUUUGUCGAGCCGUCGACGUCGGAGACUCUCUUUUCAGCGCCGGGGGAUGAGGAGGAACAUGUCGGCAGCAAUGGCGAGGCUGCAGUGCCUUCUUCGUCAUCGACGAGGCCAGAGUACGGGCUCAAAAUGACACCGUCCUCCAGAGAGGCCGAGUUCGACGCUGACGACAGCGACAUCGAUGAAGGCGAGGUUGAUCAGGUCCCUGUCAGUCCUAGCAGACGGCUUCCUUUGAUCGACCAAAUACCGUUCGUCAGUAACGCAAGGCAGAGCUUUGGUGACAUUGGCGCACACGAUCUCCGCGAGUCAGUCAGGAGGGCUAUUGACAGUGAAGAGCUGCCCGACUGGUUGAGACGAGGCGCGGGCAUUCUCGAUUCGACAUGGAACAUGAGUAAUAGUAUCCUGGGCGCAGGUGUCGUGGGUCUUCCCUACUCCCUGAAGGCCUCGGGCUGCCUCACAGGCCUUGGGCUCCUCGUGGGCAUUGCUCUCCUUACCGACUGGACCAUCCGGCUCAUCGUCCUAAACGCCAAAUUAUCUGGUCGAAACACCUACAUCGAUAUCAUGGACCACUGUUUUGGCUCCAAUGGUCGGGCCGCUGUCUCCAUCUUUCAAGGCGCCUUUGCCUUUGGGGGCAUGUGUGCAUUCAUCGUUGUUAUCGGAGAUACGAUCCCUCACGUCCUGACGUCGAUCCUGCCAAGUCUCGAAGGGUCGUUUCUGGCCUCGAGAUGGUUCAUCAUGGUCUCGUCAAUUCUCACAAUCUCCUACCCGCUCUCCCUCUACCGAUCCAUCGAGAACUUGAGCAAGGCCAGUGCCAUUGCCCUUGUCAGCAUGGUUCUCAUCAUUCUCACCGUCAUCAUUAGGGGUCCCGCCAUGCCAGCCGAGCUCAAGGGCGACCCCAGCCUGCGAUUUACCAUCAUUCACCCGUCUGCUGUCGUCCGCUCGAUUGCCGUCAUCUCCUUCGCAUUUGUGUGCCACCACAAUUCGCUCUUGAUCUACGGCAGCCUCAAAGAACCCUCGAUGGACCGAUUCGGCAAGGUCACGCACUACAGCACUGCAAUUGCCGCCAUCGCUGCCGUCAGCAUGAGCUUGGCAGGUUACUGGUCUUUCACCGACAAGACCCUAGGCAAUGUCCUCAACAACUUUCCCCCCGACGAUGUCAUGGUCAACUUGGCCCGCUUCUGCUUCGGUAUGAACAUGCUCACUACGUGGCCGUUGGAGCUUUUUGUUGCAAGGGAGGUCAUCGAGACGUACUUUUUUCAGGGAGAGUACGAUGUGAACCGGCACCUCAUCUUUACGUCAAGCCUCACAGUCUCCUCCCUGAUCGUCUCGCUCGCCGCGACCGAUCUCGGCGUGGUUCUCGAGGUUACAGGCGGCUUGAGCGCAACGGCUUUGGCCUUCAUCUUUCCCGCCAUCUGCUUCCUGAAGCUGACAAGCGAAGGAAAAGAUGCCGCGCCUGCCGGGUUUGAACGAAUCGAUCAGGAGGAAGACGAUGAGAUACAAGGGGAUCUUCGCGAAGACGACGAAGACGACGAAGAGAGGGCAGGACAUGCAGGCGAUGUGAGCGUGGAAGACGUCGAGCUACCGCUCCGACCAGGCGCGCGGGUCCGGGUCAGAAGAGGGCCACAGAGGACCAGAAGCGAUGGGUGGAGGUGGUGGACCUCGACAAAGCCGGCCGCAGUGGCCUGUGCCAUCUUUGGCUGUGUGGUCCUCGUCAUCAGCGUCUGGACAGCUGUAGGCGACUUUCUUAGAGGGGGCUAGUCAUGUUGAACCAUAGAGUGCCGCUUUCAAUCAUUUGUCCGC